GUGGUUGUUGGUUUCUGUUUGUUUACUAAAAUUUAAAAUUAAAAUACAAUGAAACUUCAAUGCCAAGUAGAAGUGGUAAAUAGAUUGUUAAACAACCUCAAUAUUAAAUCUGGUGGAAGAUACUUAAAGUCUACGUUAGCUCUUGCUAGGGAGCCAAAAAGUAAAGGCGACAAACCAGAGUAUGUUAUACUGCUUUUCUCUUCUAUUAAUAAAACGGGCACUAAAUACAGGGUUAAAUGUAUGAAACAAGUAUUCUGCAAAUGUAUUAACAAAGGCCUAAGCACAUUGAGGUUUGAAGAUCCACCUGUUGAUUUGUGUAUAAAAAGUGAAGUCACACAGUUGAAGUGUUUCUUGAAACUGCUGAAGUCAUGUAUAACAGGAGAUGUGAAGGAUUUAAAAUUGAGUGACAUAUCCAAUAUAUCAGUAACAGCCACCGAUAAUAUUCCCACCAAAUUAUGCAUCCGAGAUAGAAGUCAAUUUCCAGACAAAGGUUUGCCAAGGACUCUGGAAUCACUUCAAAUUAUUGGGCUCAAACUGCAUAAUUUCCGUAGAGAUAUCUUAUUACUACGAAAUCUCGUUGUAUUGGAUCUAAGUGAUAAUGAAAUUGAAAAAAUUCCUGCAGAAUUUGGUAGAAUGCCCAAUCUUGCUGAACUAAUUCUGGCCAAUAAUCAACUUGGUAAUAAACCUGACAUAGAUUGGCGCUGGCUUUUUGGACCCCAAAUCACAAAUAAACUAAAACUAUUAGAUUUGAGGGGCAACAAACUGAAAGAACUACCUAAAAGUAUUUGGAAGUUACAAAAGCUUGUAACACUCAAUGUGGAUAACAACAUGUUGUCUAAAUUGCCUUCAACACUCGGCCGCAUCAGCACACUAAGAUACCUCACUUUAUCUCAAAAUGAAUUAGAGUCCCUGCCAUGUAGCCUGAUGCAUUGUCGAUUGGAACACAUAGACAUCUGCAAUAACAAGUUUCAACUUAAGAAAGGCAAAACAGAAUGCCAAAUGAACAGUCCCUGGGACAUGUAUGUGGGAAGUUUAGUACACUUGGCAUCCAAGGUCGUUUUAAAACACAAAUUAUUCUAUGCUCCAAAUAUAAUACCAAGAACAUUAGUGGAAUUCUUAGACAAUGCAAACAUGUGUGUCUGUGGAAACCCAGUUGUGAAUCAUAUAUUUUGUCUGAUGGAAUUUGACUUAAAAACCUAUUUUAAUGUUGUAGUGUUUGAUAACUAUAGAAACAGCUCUGUUGAAUUUGAGUGUUAUUUUUGUUCACCAGUGUGUCUUUCAAUUUGAUUUAAGUUAUUAUUUUCUUAUUUAUUUUAAUUAUUGUAAGGUCUGUGCUGUGACUGCUAUGAAUAAAAUCAAAAUAAAUCUUUCCUUAA